AUGGCUGCCUACGUUCCAUCCGAACCAUGGAGCACCCUGACCCCUGAGGGAUCUUUGGCCGGUACCAUCACAGACUACUCGUACACUUUCGGUAUUGCUAUUAAUCCAGUUACUGCCGACGGAGGCAAGAAGGUCAAGAGAGACGUUGUCACCCAGAUUGGGGACGGACAAAUCCAGGCUACCACUGCUACCCCCUCCACGACCUCUACCGCCGCUGUUGUGACGCAAAUUGGAGACGGCCAAAUUCAAGCCACCACCGCCACCCCUAAACCUGCCGCCCCUGUGGUCACCCAAAUCGGUGACGGCCAAAUCCAGGCCACCACGGCAACCUCCGAAACCACCGCUCCUGUGGUCACUCAGAUUGGUGACGGUCAGAUUCAAGCAGACACCACCACCUCUUCUGCUGCCGUGGUUACCCAAAUCGGCGAUGGCCAGAUCCAGGCCACUACCUCUACAAACACCGUUUCUGCCGCUUCCCAAAUCAAUGACGGCCAAGUGCAAGCUUCCAGCGCUGCCACCAACUCCGCAGAGGCCGCUGCCCAAAACGAUUCAUCAAACCCAGUCAACGAUGUUUCUUGUUGGAGCGAAGAUGCUCUUUCCAUGACCCUGAACGGUACCAUUUUGACAGACUCCAAGGGAAGAAUCGGAUCCAUUGUUGCCAAUAGACAGUUCCAAUUUGACGGACCUCCACCACAAGCUGGCGCUAUCUACGCGGCUGGCUGGUCCAUCACUGAUGACGGAAAGUUGGCAAUUGGAAACACCACCGAGUUCUACCAAUGUCUGUCCGGAAGCUUCUACAACCUGUACGACGAGCACAUUGGCUCCCAGUGCGAGAAGGUCUACCUCGACGUCGUCGACUUGGUCAAGUGUUAA